CACAAAAUCUUCACAGAGGCUUGUGUAGCAGCAAACAACCAUGACGGAAUAUAGGCAGACCUCGAGACAUGUUGCGCGUGCCGAGCAGGUGGCCGCUCGGCAGUUCACCGUCCCGUACGCCGUCAAUUUAAAGCUCACUAGCACUGGCGGUUUGUUCUCGAACGACCUUUACAAGGUCAACGACACCAACGGCGACGUGGUGUUCAAGGUGAUCAAGGGUGGUAUCUUCUUCAUCAACCUCCGCCUCGUCGACGCCACCGGCAACCCUCUCCUCACUAUGAAACCAGAGGCAUUUAGCUGCCACGAAACAUGGAGAGUAUUCAGAGGAGACAGCACCGGGCCGAACGAUUUGCUGUUCAGCGUGCGAAAGCACAAGAUAUUCCAGUGGAAGGACAACUUUGAUGUGUUCUUGGCCACCGACACCACCGACCAAGCUGCCCCCUGUGAUUUUAAGAUACUUGCACGAUGCCAGAAAUGCACCAUUUGUAUUGGCGAAACUGAUGAAAUCAUAGCCCAAAUGCAUCGGGAGACUGCAUUUUUUGCAAGGGACAAACUAGAAAUAACAGUGAAUCCGAACGAGGAUUUCGCCUUCAUUGUGUCGUUGAUAGUCAUUCUUGAAGAGAUCAAGGUAAGUCGUCGCCGUCGUCAUCGUCAUGGUUAAUCCAAUACAGCGACAGCGGGUGGAGGAGGGCCAGGAGGCGAUGCAGCUUUAUCAAUGCGUGCAGCAGCUAUGCGAGGAAUGAGGAUGUUAAGUGCAUACAUGAACGUUUAGCUAGAUCUUGUCAAGUAUUGCCCUAAUGGCUACUUAGAGCAUUGUAUUUUUUUAUAUAUAAUUUUAUGACAAUUCUCAUUGUUGUCUAUUAUAAU